CCUUUAAUUGAAGCGGAAGUGCGGAAGUUUCUACUUCCUGCUGCGAGCUUAAAUGGCAGCCUACACUUUGGCCACGCUUGCCCUGUAAAAAACAAAAAAAAAUAGUUUUUCAUCUCUGUUAUCAUCAUUAUUAUUACAACAUAUUCACUCGGUCGUCUGAAACCAUGUCCGGGCGACAAAAUAACAAGCUGCCAAACAACUUGCCACAACUGCAGAAUCUUAUCAAAAGAGAUCCACAGUCGUACGUGGAAGAGUUUCUUCAGCAGUACCGACACUACCAGUCCAAUGUACAGAUCUUCAGACUGCAGCCGGACAAGCCGAACAAGGAGCUGGCGGACCUCGUCAUGUUUCUCGCCCAGGUUGGUCACUGCUACCUGCAGCACCUGUCCACCUUCCCUCAAGAGCUGUCUGAGUUACUACUCAGUCACCACACAGUCCUAGAGCCAGACUUGAGGAUGACCUUCUGCAAAGCGCUGAUUCUGCUGAGGAACAAAGAUCUGGUCAACCCCACGGGCCUCCUGGAGCUCUUCUUCGAGCUGCUGCGCUGUCACGACAAACUGCUCAGGAAGACACUGUACACACACAUUGUUGCUGAUAUCAAAAACAUAAACGCUAAGCACAAAAACAACAAGGUCAACACAACGUUACAGAACUUCAUGUACACCAUGCUCAGAGACAGUAAUCCCAUUGCAGCAAAGAUCUCUUUAGAUGUGAUGGCGGAGCUAUACAAAAGAAACAUAUGGAAUGAUGCCAAAACAGUCAAUGUCAUUACAACAGCAUGCUUCUCCAAGGUGACGAAGAUCCUUGUUGCAGGUCUGAAAUUCUUCCUGGGCAAAGAUGAAGAUGAAAGGAAUGACAGUGAUUCAGAAUCAGAGACAGAGGGACCGUCAGCCCGAGACCUGAUGGUGAGAUACUCCACGGGCAAGAAAACCUCCAAAAACAAGAAGAAGAUGGAAAAAGCAAUGAAAGUCCUCAAGAAACACAAGAAAAAGAGGAAAGCAGAGGUGUUCAACUUUUCUGCCAUUCACCUGAUCCACGAUCCUCAAGAUUUCUCAGAGAAACUCUUGAAACAGUUGGAAGACUGUAAAGAGCGCUUCGAGGUGAAGAUCAUGAUGAUGGAGCUCAUAUCCAGACUGGUUGGAAUCCAUGAGCUCUUCCUCUUCAACUUUUAUCCCUUCGUCCAGAGGUUUCUUCAGCCCCAUCAAAGAGAGGUGACAAAGAUUCUCCUGUGCACUGCCCAGGCUUCCCACCAGCUCGUCCCCCCUGAGAUCAUCGAGCCUGUGAUCAUGACCAUCGCAAAUAACUUUGUGACAGACAGGAACUCCGGGGAGGUCAUGACUGUCGGUAUUAAUGCAAUUAAGGAGGUGGCAGCCCGCUGUCCGCUCGCCAUCACGGAGGACCUGCUGCAGGACCUGGCUCAGUACAAGACCCACAAAGACAAGAAUGUGAUGAUGUCUGCCAGGGGACUGAUCCAGCUGUUCAGGAAUCUAAAUCCACAGAUGCUGCACAAGAGGGACAGGGGGAGACCGACCGAGGCAUCGGCAGAGGCCAAGAUCAGAGACUACGGAGAGCUUGAAGCUAAAGACUACAUCCCUGGAGCUGAAGUCCUGGAGGUGGAGGAGGAGAACAAAGAGGGAGAGGAGGACGAAGACGGCUGGGAGAGUGCCAGUAUAAGUGACGAUGGUGAAGAUGGGGAGUGGGUAGACGUUCACCACUCGUCUGAUGAAGACACAGGAGAAGUGGCGGAGAAGCUUCAGAGUAUGCCAGUUGAGGAACGAAAAGCCAAGGCAGCGGCGGUCAGCGGCAGCAGGCUCCUCACUCAGGAUGACUUUAAGAAGAUCCGUCUGGUCCAGAUGGCCAAGGAGGUCAAUGCUGCGCCAGGCAAGGGCCAGAAGAGGAAAAAUGUGGACAGUGACAACGAGGGUGAGAACAGAGGGGAGCUGCUGACCUUGAGGAAUAUUGAGAAACUGCAUAAGAAACCAAAAGCAGACAAGGAAACACGCCUGGCAACGGCAAUGGCGGGACGGACGGACCGGAAGGAGUUUGUCAGGAAGCGAAGCAAGCUGAACCCACACGCCAGCACCAGCAACAAGGAGAAGAGGAGGAAGAAGAACUUCAUGAUGAUGAGACACAGUCAGAAUGUGAGGACCAAGGGCAAACGCUCCUUCAGAGAGAAACAGCUUGCUCUCCGGGAUGCACUCCUAAAAAAGAGGAAGCAGCACAAGUAGGACCCGUGGAGAUAAUCCUGGCGUUCGGAUGGCCAUCGCGACCUGCUCUUUGACUAUGUCAAAUGUUGUUAUACAUCCUCCGAGAGUCCUGUAAAAAACUUUUUCAGCUUAUUAAUGUAUUAUUUACAGUGGAUAACCUGCAUAGAUUUACAUCGUUCUCAAAUAAAUCAUCUU